UACAUCUAUUCUGUCCUUGUGAUUAUUUUUUUUCAAACCCAACAAACAUGUCAAGCGCCCAGCAAAACUUCAAUGCAGGCCAAACCCAUGGCCAGACUCAGGCUAAUGCAGAAGAUUGGAUGCAAUCCACAAAGGACUCAGCCGUGGCUGCUGCAGACAGGGCUCAUGCAGCUGCUAACACAACAGGACAAACUGCUGAACAAAACAAGCAGGAAGCUGCAGGUUUUCUCCAACAGACUAAAGAACAAGUGACAGACAUGGCUCAAAGUGCUGUGGACAGUGUGAAGCACACACUUGGGAUGGACAAGAAGUGAAACUAAGUCAUCUUGGUUUCAUUUGUGAAAGUGUCUAACUAUUCCUUUAAUUCAAAUGGAAUAGAAUAAUUUUUAUGUUUCUUGCUUUUUUCCCAGUUGUUAGCUAGGGAUUAGCAAAAACUAAGUAUUUAUAUUCAUUUAUUGGUUAUAUAUGGUGCUUUGUUGAAGAAAGCCAAUGUCAGUUGUAAUAAAAUAGCUUCUUUCUAUUUUUUUUUCUUGUUUUAGAGCUAAGCUUUCUGCCUUUUGGCCGAUGUAAUAA